AUGAAGUCUGGAGAUCACUCUGUGGAUGUGAUCAUCGUCGGCGCUGGAGUUGGAGGCCUUGCGGUCGCGAAGACAUAUCUUGAGCUUUCUCCGGCCACCAAUCUCCUCCUACUCGAGAAGCGACCAACAUUGGGUGGAGUCUGGGCAGAGGAAAACUGCUACGAAGGACUCAAAACCAACAACCUCCAUGGCACAUACGAGUUCACCGAUUUCCCAAUGGAUACCAAGUACAAGGUACGUGAAGGGCAGCAAAUACCCGGCACGGUAUUGCACAAGUAUUUCAACGACUUUGCCGAUCACUUUGAUCUCCGCAAGCGCAUCAACUUCAACACUCAGGUGCUUGCAAUGGAGAAACUAGACAGGGGAUGGAAGGUCACGACUAUGAACGAAAAAGCACAGUCAGUGAUUUACGACUGCGACAAAUUAAUCAUCGGUACUGGGCUGGCCUCUAACCCGAACCCAGUCCGUAUCCGCGGUCAGGAAGACUUUGGAAAGCCUGUUUUUAACCAUUCCCGACUUCAAGAUCUGGGAUACCAAGUAGCAUAUGACCCCGAUGUGACAUCCGUCACUGUGGUGGGUGCGUCCAAGACGGGAUAUGACGCCGUUCAUCUCAUGGCGUCACACGGCAAAAAGGUGAACUGGGUGAUACGCGAGUCAGGAGGAGGCGGAGUAUGGAUGGCGCAUCCAUGGGUCAAGAUGGGAAAACUCGGGGAUUUUCGACUGGAAUACUUGGCCACCAUGCGCUUUUUCAGCUGGUUCAGCCCCUGCGUCUGGGGUGAUGCCGAUGGGUUCAGCUAUAUCAGAAGUGCCUUGCAUAAGACCCGCCUGGGCCGGUAUAUCGUGCACAAAUUUUGGGAGAGCAUGAGAAAUGAUAUUAUUGAAACAAAUGGGUAUAGGAAGGAAUCAGUACUAGAGCACCUGGAGCCGCAGGAAAGAAGACCACCUGAAUUGCUGACGCCCCAAGGCAGUCUGUUCUGGUCUGCCCGCGUGGGCAUUCUAAAUUAUCCGUCAGAUAUUCAUGAAUAUCUGCGUACAGACCAAGUGAAAAUCAUCAAGCAGGAUAUUGAUCAUUUAUCUAGUUUGGGGAAUGUCCAUUUUGCCAAUGGCACCACCAUCCAAACUGAUGCUUUGAUCGCGAUUACAGGCUGGAAUCUUGCUCCGAGCAUCAAAUAUCAGCCUGAUGGGUUAGAUGCUGAGCUCGGAGUUCCAAGUCUUCUCAGCUCCGAGACAGCUAAACAGCAGUCUCUCUGGAAUGGCCUUAAUAAGAUUGCAGAUGAAACCAUUCUUCGCCAGUUUCCAUACCUCGCCUGUCCUCCCGAAAUGAAAAUACCUUACAAGCAACUUCUCAGUCCCUUCAGGCUGUUCCGCGGCGUCGCACCACCAAAUCUCGCAUCCCAGUCUGACUACUCUCUUGCGUAUAUUAAGAGGGUCCACAGCACCAGUAAUAUGAUUAUUGCGGAAGUCCAGGCGCUGUGGAUCUAUGCGUUCCUCAAUGGUAAGCUUGACCUCGACAACAAGGAUAUUUACCACCAGACUGCUUUGUUGAGCCGCUUUGGAAAACACCGCUACCCAUGUGGCUUUUCAGCUUGGUACCCGGAGUUUGCGUAUGAUGCCAUCCCGUACGCAGAUAUGCUGUUGAGGGACCUGGGGAAUCACCCGAGAGUGGAUGGCGAAGGAAGACAAAAAGGCAAAGAAAGCUGCCUGAAAAAUGAUAGCAAGUUCAAGAGAGAGAAAUGUCUCUGGAAUGACUCAUUGUAUUCUUGGAGUACUUCGAGCUCACUUUGGAAGGCUCAAAGUUUCUACCAAACCGCCACUGUGGCUUCUUCUACGGAAAACGCGCGCUUGUAUGAUGAGGCCCCGGGUCGAGGAAGCUUGUUUCAGCAUCAAAUCCAGGAUCCGGACGACUUCGAAGAUUGGGAAGAAGACGAAGACGACUACGGCAAUCAUAGCGGCACAAUGACCUCCCGUUCGCCUUUUGACCGGCGCAAUCAAACCGAUGCACACUCUCAGCAACCAUUGCUGAAGGAAGAUGAUCCGCACCGCCAAUCAAAUACCUUUGCCGAAGCUGACGACGGACUUCUCGCGCGGCCGCAGAUGUCUCGCAGAUCAACAUUUCGCAGUCGAACGCCGGACAUUGUUGAAGACAAGAACUUGACUCGCCGUAAAUACAUAUUGGCCUCGGGAUUUCUGGUGCUGAGUUUGAUUAGUUUCGUGAUCCAGACGGAGACUGCGGUGUACAUCCAACAUGAGCUUCAUUGGGACAAGCCAUAUUGUAUGCUAUACUUGACACACGGCUCUUGGUCGCUACUAUGGCCUUUUCAGCUUCUCAUCUUGCGAAUUCAGAAACGAAAAUUGUCCUGGGACGCAUUCUGGCGGAGACAUGUGUCUUUACUACGCACAACAGCACAAAUGGUUGAACGGCAGGACCUUCACCUAUCAUCCCGCAACGAUCCUCGAUCUCCGGUUCCCUACAUGCUGAAAACAACGGUUUUCAUAACGACCGCGUUGACUGUUGCCGGAGCUAUUGUUGGUGUUCUGGUCGUCGCCUACGGAGAUUCGGGCCCAGAAGAAGGAGAAGGCACAGGUACCGCUGACAAUCGCACACUUGGAAAUAUUGUGAUUGGCGUUGGAAGUGUUCUAUAUGGAUUAUACGAAGUGCUAUAUAAGAAACUGGCUUGUCCUCCGGAAGGAACCAGCCCUGGUCGAAGCACGAUUUUCGCCAAUACUGUGGGAAGCUUGAUUGGAUCUUUCACCUUGCUCGUACUAUGGAUUCCUUUGCCCAUCCUACAUUGGCUGGGAUUGGAAACAUUUCGCUGGCCUACUGGUGAGGCGGCAUGGAUGCUUCUGAUUUCUGUUCUUGCAAAUGCUACCUUCUCCGGUUCGUUCCUGGUCUUGAUGUCCUUGACUUCGCCUGUUCUGUCGUCCGUUGCGGCGUUAUUGACGAUUUUCCUUGUGGCCAUCGUGGACUGGCUACGUACUGGCAAGCCGUUGUCUUUUGCGGCUCUGUCGGGCGGCGUUCUCAUCAUUAUCGCGUUCGUCUUGCUGAGCUACAGCACGUAUAGAGAGCUCGACGAAGAGCGGAAACGGCGUUUGGUAGAGGAGGGACCAGACUCGGACAGCGACGACUAG